AUGUCGCGGUGGGAGCGCUCGGAGGGGGGGACAGCGGGCGCUGGGUUUUGUCUGGGCGCGCUGGACAGGCUGCCCGGCAGCCACAAUGAUGGAAUUGGGAGUUUGGGAGUGCGGACUGGCUGCGAUCGUGCUCUUGGGUCGUUCUCCAGCCUGUCCUUCGGCUCCUCAUUUGAGCCUGACUGGGCCAGAGGUCCUGUCCCUUAUCCAGAGGUUGCCCAGCUGCCCCAAAACUGCAUUUUGUGUGGCUACCCAAAUGUGUUUUGGUGGUGUGACAGAGCAGGUUCACUGGAGGCUGUGCUGCUGCUGUUACUCGUUUCUAACCAGGUUUAUUUUUGUUUUGGUCCCUCAGGUGCCUGUGUCUACCACGGCUUCUUGUUUGAGAAUAACACGUUCUGGAAGCCGGAUUCUUGCCAAGACUGCCGAUGCCGGAGCAGUGUUGUCACCUGUGAGCCUACAGCCUGCAGAGCCCCUCAGUGUGACUUCCAGAAGGGAGAAGUGCUCCAAAUAGCCUCCAACAAAUGCUGCCCCGAGUGUGCCUCCCGAGCCAAAGGAUUCUGCCAGCAUGAAGGACAGAUUCACAGCCACGGCACGCAGUGGACCAGCUCGGGAUGUGUCCGGUGCUCCUGUGCCCACGGGAAGGUGACCUGCAGCCCCAGGACCUGCCCAGCCCUCAGCUGUGGGCAAGGGGAGCUGCAGGACACUGCCCAGGACUCCUGCUGUCCCAAAUGUGUGGGCCGUGGUGAGCCUUGCUCCUUCGAUGGCCACGUGUUCCAGGACGGCGAGGGCUGGAGCCUGGGCCGCUGCUCCAGAUGUGUCUGCAGGGAUGGUGCAACUCUGUGCUCCACAGCUUCCUGCCAGCCUCUGCUCUGCAGCCAGGAGGAAGUCAUGGUUCUGUCUCCUGGAAAAUGCUGCCCAGAAUGUGUCCCAAAGCCCUGCUCCGUGUCAGGAAGAACGUUCCAGCACGGGGAGCAGUGGCAAAAAAAUGCCUGCACUGCGUGUGUGUGUCAGAGAGGAGAAGUGAGAUGUCUGAGGGAGACCUGUGGCUCUGUCACCUGCCAGAAGGGGGAGAGCAAGGUGCAGCGCCCCGGGAAGUGCUGUGAGGAGUGCGUGUCUUCCAAAGGGAGCUGCUUGCACGGUGGCACCGUCAGGUACCACGGAGAGAUGUGGAACAGCACCAGCUGUGACUUCUGCCUGUGCCAGGAGGGACAGGUCACCUGCCAGGGAGCUGAGUGUGCCAAAGUGGAGUGUGCCAAGGGUGAAGAAUUAAUUCACUUAGAGGGGAAGUGCUGUCCUGAAUGUAUCUCCAGCCGUAGUUACUGUGUUUACAAAGAACAUACCAAAGCUAACGGGGAGACCUGGGCAGAAGGGCCGUGCCGGGAAUGCGAGUGCAGGGAUGGGGAUGUGACCUGCUUCCAGCGCUCCUGCCCGCCCUGCCCGAGGGGCAGCCGGCCUCUGGAGGCCAAGGGAGACUGCUGUCCACGCUGCCAGCCAGGUGAGUGCCACCCAGACUGUGUGAGCUGCUCCCAGGCCUCUGAUGGCUGUGACUCCUGCCGGGACCCCGGGAAGCGGCUGCAGGACGGGCGCUGCGUGGAGAUGUGUGGACAGGGCUUCUACCAGCACGGGGGGGCCUGCUUAGCCUGCAAUGAGACCUGCUCAGCCUGCACCAGUGGAUUUGAGUGCUCCUCGUGCCAGGCACCCCUGCUGCUGAAGGACGGGCAGUGUGUGAGUUCCUGUGGGAAGGGCUACGUUCAGGAUCAGCUCCUCUGCACAGCCUGUCACGAAUCCUGCUCCUCGUGCUGGGGAGCUGCAGAGAACCACUGCCUGUCCUGCAAAGACCCAUCACACGUGCUCCAAGCGGGGCUCUGCCUGCCCAGCUGUGGCCAGGGCUUCUACCCAAAGGAUGGCAUCUGCACUGCUUGUGGCCAGUUCUGCGAGAGGUGCUCUGCAGAGGCAGCCAGGUGUGUGAGCUGUGCUGCAGGGAAGCUGUUACACGAGGGGAAGUGCAUCCCUCGAUGCCCAGACGGGCAUUUCCCGAGUGCCAGUGGGAGAUGCGGAGCUUGUCACGCUUCAUGCUCCACGUGCGAGGGACCUCUGGCCACUCACUGCACCUCCUGUUCCUUCCCUCUGGCAUUGCGCCAGGGCCAGUGCCUGGAGAGCUGUGGAGAGGGAUUUUACCAGGAUCACAACAUCUGCAAGGGUUGCCACCCGUCCUGCCACUCCUGUGCCGGCCCGGGGGCCGCGCGCUGCCUGCGGUGCCAGGCGCCCGAGGACGUCCUGCAGCCUCACCUGCCCGGGGAAGGAGCUCUCCAUGGCCUUUGCCUCCCCCUCUGCCCAUCCCAGUUCCAUGUGGAUAGCACAGGAGUCUGCAGAGAGUGCCACCCCUCCUGUGCAAGCUGUGUGGGGAAUUCUUCCCAGGACUGCACGGCUUGCCCGGCUCCUGCCGUGCUGCUGGAGGGAAGGUGCCUCCCCACGUGUCCCCAGGGAAUGUUCAGCCACGGGGAUCGCUGCUCCUCCUGUCAUCCAUCCUGCAAGACAUGCCAUGGCCCCUCUGAUUGGGAAUGCUCCACCUGCCACCCCCAUGCCACUCUGGAUCGUGGGAAGUGCAGGACAAGCUGCAAGGAGGAGCAGUACCUCAACCUGGUGGGGUAUUGUGUGGACUGCCACCCCCUGUGCCAGCAGUGCGUGGCCAACCUGCGGGACACGGGCAGCGUGUGCCUCAAGUGCCAGAACGCGCGGCACCUGCUCCUGGGGGAUCGCUGCCUGCCCGACUGUCCUCCGGGACACUACGCCCAGAGCGGAGCCUGCAAAAGGUGCCACCCUUCAUGUAAAAGCUGCACCGGCGAGGGUCCCUUCUCCUGUUCCUCCUGCAACGCCAGCCUGGUUCUGUCCCACACGGGCGCGUGCGCUCCGCUCUGCUCCCUGGGCUACUACAGGGAUGACAGGCAGACCUGCAGACCUUGCAGCAGCCAGUGCCGGAGCUGCGACUCUGCCGCCGGCUGCACGUCGUGCAGAGAUGCAGCCAAGGUCCUGCUCUUUGGGGAGUGCCAGGAUGACAGCUGUGCUCAUCAGUAUUACCUGGAUUUUUCCAGCAAGACUUGCAGAGAGUGUGAUUGGAGCUGUAACGCCUGCAAAGGUCCCCAGAGGAAUGACUGCCUGCAGUGCAUGGAAGGCUAUGUUCUCCACGAAGGAGCCUGUGUGGAAGAGUGCCCUGCAGCUUUCUACCGGGAAUCAGACACGUGCCAGAGGUGUGAUCAGCCCUGCCUUCAGUGCCACCAGGCAGACAAGUGCAGCCUUUGCCCAGCCCCGUUCUUCCUCCUGGGCAGCCUUUGUGUUCCCAAAUGUGGGCAGAGACACUUCCCAGACGAGGCACAGCGCCGGUGCACAGCUUGUCCUCCUGGAUGCCUGGAGUGUGACAGUGACAGCCUGUGCCACCUCUGUGAUAGCACCACGUUUCUGAAGAACAAGACCUGUGUUUCUGCCUGUGGCCAGGGUUUCUAUGGCAAUACACGGAACAGGGAGUGCGAAGAAGCCAGCAGGCACCCCUCGAGCUCCCGUGUGAGCAGCACCCUGGCGGUGGGGAUCGGCGGGGUGCAGCCCCUCGACCUGGCCUUGCUGGGUGCGUGUGAUGCUGCCGGUGCCUCGGGCCAGCCGCUGUUCCACGUGGAGAGCGUUCCCUCCAUCGGGCGGCUGGUGAUGCUGCGGGACGGGCGGGAGCUGCCGCUGAGCCGCGGCCAGCGCUUCAGCUGCAGGGACGUGCGGGAGAGGAGGGUCCGCUUCGUGCACAGCACACAGGAGCCCAGGAAAGGACAGUUUUCCUUGAAGGUCAGUGAUCAGCAAUCGUUCUCCCACCUUGAGGUGAUCAACGUUCAAGCCUUCUCAACACAGGCCCCGUACGUGUUCAGGAACGAGCCCCUCCUCGUCGGCAGAGGGGAGACAGGGACGGUGUCGGAGCUGGUGCUUGGUGUGGGGGACAGUGACAAUCCUCAGGACGUGGUGCUGAUGGUUCUGGAGCCUCCACGCCAUGGGAGGCUGCUGGGGCCCUCUGGGGACCCCGCCACCUUCCGCCUGGCUGACCUGGCGGGCGGGCGGCUGCGCUACGCCCACGACGGCUCCGACAGCCGGCAGGACGCGGCUCUUCUGCAAGUGAGCGACGGGUACCACUUCCAGAACAUCCUGCUGCGCAUCAGGAUCGCUCCCAAGAGUGACAGGAGCCCCCGGCUGGUGACCAAUUCCCUGGUCUGGGUGCCCCAGGGAGGAAUGCUGCAGAUCUCCAAGACAAUCCUGCACGCCGAGCUGCCGGGUGCCCGCGACUCUGACAUCACCUACACCAUCUCCAAGGACCAGCCCAGACAUGGGGAAGUGGUGCUGCUGGUCCCGAUGCCGGCGGACGGCCCGGCAGGCUCCUGGCAGCUUUUACCUGAUGGAAGAGCAGCCUCACCCACAACCUCCUUCACCCAGCAGGACAUCAGCGAUGGCAUCGUGUGGUACAGGCACUCUGGAGCUGAAGUUGAGAGUGACUCCUUCCAAUUCCAGGUGUCCAGCUCUGCCAGUCCACAAACCAGCUUGGAAAGCCACGUGUUCAACGUUGCUGUUCUGCCCCAGACACCCAAAGCCCCUCAGCUUUCCCUGGGCUCCUCUUUGCACAUGGCUGUGCUGGAGGACCGUGUGACAGUGAUUGAGCCCCAUCACCUCUCCUUUGUAGACCCGGAGAUCCCCAGUGAGAAAAUCCUGUACAACGUGACCGUGCCUCUCCUUCCUGGGCAAGGUAUUGUGGAGCACAGGGACAGGCCUCUGUCCCCAGCCAGGUUCUUCACCCAGGCAGACAUAAACCACGGCAGGAUUGCUUAUCGCCCGCCGACCGCCGCCCCUCACCUCAGGGAGAUCAUGGCCUUCUCCUUCGCAGGUCUCCCAGAGUCCGUGAACUUCCGAUUCACAGUGUCUGGUGGGGAGCACACGACCCCGGAGAUGGUGUUUGUCAUCCACCUGCUCUCCGCCGAGCAGCAGCCUCCCGUCUUCCAGAUCACAGCUCCGUUCCUGGAGGUCAGCCAGGGGGGCAGAGCCACCAUCGGGGUCCAGCUGGCUGUAAGUGACACGGACACAGCUCCUGAGGGGCUUUUCUUUGAGCUGGUGAAACCUCCCCGUCAUGGCAUUGUGCUCAAGUACAGCGCAGAUGUGCAGGAGCUCAUGAGAGCAGGCGACACCUUCACCUAUGAGGACGUCACUCGGAAUGCUCUGCAGUACGUGCACGAUGGCUCAGCAGCAGCAGAGGACAGCAUGGAAGUCUCUGUCACCGACGGUGUCACCACAGUCACCACACUGCUGAGGGUGGAUGUGUCCCAGCUGGACACCCACGGCCCACAGCUGGCCCCAGGCUGCUUGUUGGCCGUCACUGUGGCCAGCAAAAGCUCUGUGACCCUCUCCCGACAGCACCUCGCUUACACGGACAACAAUUCUCCUGACUCAGAGAUCAGAAUCCAGUUGAUAUCUCUGCCAGCCUAUGGAACCCUCCUAAGGAUGUCAGGCUCCCACAGUGAAGAGCUUUCCAAGGUUUAUAAUUUCACCAUGGAAGACAUCAACAGCCAGAGGAUCAGCUACUCCACCACGUUUGAGACCAGCAACCAGCCUGUUACUGACAUCUUCCACUUCUCUGUGCUGGAUGCAGACAACAACCGGCUGGACAGGCAGAUGUUCACCAUCACCAUCACAUCUGCCCUGGCACCGCCCGCACUCAUCGCCUUUGCCGACCACAUCACUGUGGAUGAGGGAGGCAGGGUCCUGCUGCUGGCUCAUCACCACUUGACUGCUGAUGAUGAUACUGCUGCCAGGGAGGACCUGAGGGUCACUGUGGUCUCUGCCUGUGUAUGGCUCACUCUGCCUGUGUAUGGCUACAUCGAAAACACCAGGACAGGCGAGAGCUUUGGCCCACGGAGUGAGUCUACAGGGACCACGGAUGCCUCCUUUUCCCUUCAAGAUGUCCUGGAGAACAGCAUUUACUACUUCCAGAGCGUCCAUGAAAGCAUUGAGCCCACAGGUGAUGUUUUCCGCUUCUAUGUGAGUGAUGGUUUCAGCCGGUCAGAGGUGCAGAGCAUCAACAUCACAAUCCAGCGGCAGAAUGACGAGCCCCCGAAGAUGGCGCUGGAGCCUGUCCGCCUGCAGGAGGGCUCAGCCGUGGUUGUUACCAACGCCUCCCUCAGCCUGCAG